CAGCGCGAGCCCUCGCCCCUGGCGGCCGAGGCACGCGGCAAGGCGGCAGUCACUGAUGUGGCCGCGCCUGCGGGCGGGGGCGGGGCGGUGGGGGCUCUAGGGAUUGGCGAGCCGGCUCCCAAGGCCAAGCAGCUGCAGGUCAAGGUUGGGGGGCAGACAGAGAUGCCGGCGUUGGAGACAGUGUUUGAGGAUCUAGUGGGGACGCCGGUGAGCGAGAGGACGCCGCAUGGGCCGCUGGAGAACCGUUUUGACCGCCUCUACGUCAUCCUCAUCUCCUUGCACGGCCUGGUGCGGGGCGACCGCAUGGAGCUGGGGCGCGACAGCGACACCGGUGGCCAGGUCAAGUAUGUGGUUGAGCUGGCCAAAGCGCUGGCGCUGCACCCCUCUGUCUACCGAGUCGACCUGCUCACACGCCUCAUCCAGGACCCCGCCGUGGAUGCCUCAUACGGGCAGCCGCAGGAGUGCCUGGUGAAGGGGCGCGGCGAGCUGGGCGGCGCCUACAUCGUGCGCCUGCCCUGCGGCCCGCCGCAGCAGUAUGUGCGCAAGGAGCUGCUGUGGCCGUACGUGCGGGAGUUUGCGGACCGAGGCAUUGCACACGCCAACGCCACGCUGGCGGCCAUGGCCGAGUCGGGGAGGCGCUGCGAGCUCUAUGCCGUGCACGGGCACUAUGCGGAUGCGGGCGAGGUGGCUGUGCUGAUGAGCAGCUCGCUGGAUGUGCACAUGGUGAUGACGGGGCACAGCCUGGGGCGCAACAAGCUGGAGCACCUGCUGGCGUCAGGCGCCAUGACGCGCAGCGAGAUCGAGGCGGCCUACGCCAUCAGCCGCCGCAUCGAGGCGGAGGAGCGGUGCCUGGACAAUGCCGUCAUGGUGUUCACCAGCACCAAGCAGGAGGUGGACGAGCAGUGGGGGCUGUACGACGGCUACAGCCCGCAGCUCAGCCGCGUGCUGCGCUUCCACCGCUCCUAUGGCCGUCACAUGCCCAACAUGAAGGUCAUUCCGCCCGGCCUGGACUUUAGCAGCCUCAAGGUCAGCAUGCCCGAGGACCCCACGCUGCGCGAGUUUGAGCAGGCGCGGGCGGUGCAGGACUUGCUGGAGAAGCCGCAGCCGCUGUCGCCCCGGGCUACUGCCACCAGUGGUGCCACCUCGCCUCGCCGUUUGGAGGCUGGGCAGGAGGUGGAGCCCGCGGCUGGCGGCGCGGGGGCGGGCGGCACCGCGCCCCACACCCCUAGCAUUGCCUCUGGCGGCGCCGCCGGCCAGCAGUCGCCGCGCGGCGACAGCAGCAGCGGGGCAGCCGACCCGCCCACUCCCCGCCCCGCCGCCGACAUGGCGCUGGACCCGCAUGCGGGGCCGCCCAUCUGGAGGGAGAUCUCCCGCUACCUGCGCAACCCGCUGAAGCCCGCCAUCCUGGCCAUGUCUCGCCCCGACCCCAAGAAGAACCUGACCACGCUGGUGGAGGCGUUUGGAAAGCACGCCAUGCUGCGCGAGCUGGCCAACCUGGUGCUGAUCAUGGGCAACCGCGACAACAUAGACAGCAUGGCCAGCGGCAGCCAGAAGGUGCUGACCCAGGUGCUGAAGCUCAUCGACUCGCACGACCUGUAUGGCUCCGUGGCGUACCCCAAGCACCACACACAGAUGGACAUCUCAGACAUCUACCUCUUUGCAUUUGCCACGCGCGGCGUGUUUGUGAACAUCGCGCUUCAGGAGCCGUUUGGGCUGACGGUGAUCGAGGCGGCCGCCCACGGCGUGCCCACAGUGGCCACCAAGAAUGGCGGCCCCGUGGACAUCAUGGCCACCCUGCACCACGGCGUGGUGGUGGACCCCACCAACCCGGAUGCCGUCGCCGCCGCGCUGCUGCGCAUCCUCACCAACCCCCAGACCUGGGACGACAUGAGCGGCAGCGGCAUCAGGAACAUCAUGGCCUACUCCUGGCCCUCCCACUGCAAGAAGUACCUGGAGAGCAUC